AUGGACGACCCGAACGCCCCGUUUCAGGGCUAUCAAUAUCAACCACCGCCAUCACAUCAACAACAACCGUCACAGCAGCAGCAGCAGCAGCAACAGCCGCAACAGAGUCUGUACAAUUUCGUGCAAUCUCAAAACCUUCAGUCUAGCAACAACAACUACUUUACUGGGCUACCUGAUCCCAACACAAGCUCAGAAAUGCAAGGACGCAGUCUGAGUCAUGGCUCAAGGCUUGAUGGACGACAAGCUUCAAACGAAAAUGUCGUCCCAUCCGCUCAGCCCGCCCGGAAGAAGCCGGCAGGAAUAGGCCAGAGCAGGAAGCUGAGUGCGGUGAAACAAGACUCAAGUGAUAGUAACCCGAGAGAAGAACCGAAGAAGAAGAGAACGAAGAGAACAGUUGGAAAAGCUUGCGUCUACUGUCGCCGAAGUCAUAUGGUUUGUGAAGGCGGAAGGCCUUGUGAAAGAUGCAUCAAAAGAGAGAUUGCGCAUCUCUGUCGAGACUGCUCCCCGCCUCCUCACAGCCAUGGACAUAACGAUGAGCAUAAACCCGAACCUCAGUGUGCUUACUUCCGACACCCACAACAGCAAUCCCUGUCUCAUCAAAAGGUCCCUCAACCACUAGCUCCUCCACCCACGUCACAAGCGCCCGUCUAUCCCGAGUCCAACUUUCCCCCUGCUUGGCCUCUACUUCCAGAAGCCAAUGGAAACCAGGUACCAUUCGGCGAAGCCCCAGAGAGGUUACAGAGCAUCAAUGAUGCAGCAGGACUCAUGGGUCCUCCCGCUACCACCUGGGGAACUACUGCCACGAAAGAAGAGGGCGAAUUGGCUGCGUUAAAUAAAUUCAUGAAAGACCUUGGCGUCCCCAAUCUACCGAAUGAUUUCCUGUCGUUCAUGAAUCAGCUGGAUAAUCCCACGACGGCCAACAGCCUUACUGUCCCCAGCACCUCGAGCGGCUUGCCGGAUAUCCCAUCGCAAUUCGCCCCUGGACAACGUGGACUGGAUAAGGGGAAAGGGAAAGAAAUGUCGAGAGUCGACAAAUACCUCAUGGCUGCUGCGGAUCAACCCAAUGGCACUCGAGCGUCCCGUCUCGCACAGGUCAUCAAGGCUAAGUACGAUGCCGGAUUGCUCAAACCUUACGAUUAUGUCAAAGGUUACGAGAGGAUGAAUAAGUGGAUGGAGAGCGGAAGAGCGGCACCAAAGAUGGAAAGCAGGGCUGGGACCGAGAGUCCACAACAGAAGGGUGUCAACAGGAACGGGAGGUUGUCCAUCACUUCGGUCCCAGCUCCUGUCUUUGGCAAGAGCAUAUCUUCCGAAUCCCGUCGACGAAUCUUGGCUGCGCUCGCAGGCUUCCGGCCAAAAUUCCGACAGAUCGCCAGAACCCUGACCAAUGUCGACCUGGUGUUUGUUGAGGAGGCUAUGGAAAGAUGGAUGUUGGAGUAUGACAGAGCUCUUGCUUCUAUACACACCCCAUCCUGCAUUUGGCGACGGACUGGUGAAAUCCAAAAGGCCAAUCAAGAGUUUUCCAAUCUCACAGGGAUCCCCGCAUCCAUGUUUCGUGAUGGACAGCUUUGCGUCUACGAACUCAUGGACGAGGAUAGUGCCGUAAGAUACUGGGAAGGAUACGCCAAGAUUGCAUUCGACCCAAGUCAACGAUCAUUUUCCAUUCCGUGUACUCUCCAUAUCCCUUUUUCUCUCGCUCGGCACCGUCCUCGACACCUUUCCGCCGUUCCUCUGCCAGCACCUUCCAAGUCAGCUGCUUCGGCCCCACCUUCCUUGAACGUCCCCGACUUGGCUCUUCCCCAACAGGGUAUGUACGCCGAAAGCUCUGGUCCCAGUGAGGGCGUGGACAGAGGGGUCAACAGCAUUGGCAGGGAAGAAGAGUUCAGGGAGAUGCAGUGUAUGUUCAGCGUCACCAUUCGAAGAGAUGCGUGGGGUGUACCCGUAGCCAUCAUGGGACAAUGGAUCCCUAUUCAAUAG